AUGGCUGGCACAGCAGAGGUCUACGAAUGCCCGUGGUGCCGAUUCAAGUCAGGUGCGGAAUACACCAUACUCAUGCAUAUCGAGGCAAUACACACGGACGAUUCACCAUUUAUGAUAAAGGACGAGCACGGCAAUAGGGAUAUAAGCAGUGAGGAUCUAGUCGGCAUAGACUUUGAUAUUCCCCUGGAAGACGAUGCGGAGACUAUGUACAUCCUCUGCACGGAGGACGGAUGCGAGGAGAAUGUUCUUCUGAUGGACCUGCAGACACACUUGGACUUUCACGCCGCCGAGCAAAUUUCCAUGGAAGACGUACGCAGUCAGACACCCGUGUCCGGGGAUGACAGCGGAAGUCAGGAUAUGGUUUUGUCGGAGAAGGGCAAGAGUAGGUAUGGGCACGGGCGCUCGGAGGGCGGUACCGAGGGGGGCAGGAGGGAGAGGAGGGAGAACAAGACGUUGAUUGCUUCGAGGGAGAGGGAUAAGAACGGUUAUAAGCUUUCUUUGGCUCAGAACCAGGGCUCUUCCUCCUCGUUGAUACCCUCGAAAACAUCGAACCAUGUGAAGUCACCUAAGAGGUCUCAUAAGUUGGUGUUUGGUCUACCGGUUAAGGACCCGUGGAGGCAGAGGGAGAAGGAGAAGGAGAGGGAGAGGGAGAGGGACAGGGAGUUGGAAAGGGAGAGGGACAGGGAGAGGACUAGGGAAUUUCGGAGGCCGGGGGAGAGAAGCAUGGUCAGGCCUGUUGAUAGGCAAAAUCUGCCUGGGCAGCAAACGGUAUCCUCUAAUCAUAUUCUUACUCCAGUCAAGCGGUUAGGAGUAAGUGAUGGGGCCUUUGGAUUUCCUAUGUGGUCUGUGAUGAGGGGAGUAUAACUAACUGUUCUGGUGAAAAAAAAUAUAUAGAAGAGUGAUCUGGGGCCCUACGCUCACGAGGAGCAAAUGCCGCCUUGGCUCCGCAAGGAACUCGAGCAGGGUGGUAAACUGACCAAGGAAACUAGAUUGGAUUCUACUAGUGGGCAUUUGAUUAAGUUUGUCACGGUGUCCAAUGAGACUCCCGAUCUCAUUCCUGUGAUUGCCCUCCUCUGUGAACAUGAUCCUCAUGUUGCGAGGGCGUGGGUUUGCCAUGCGGGCACCAAACAUGUUGGAAAACAGAUUAGGGGUGAGGGUGGCUUCUGUGGGUACAGAAAUAUUCAAAUGAUCGUUAGCUACAUUCAGAAUGCAUACCCCAGGGGGUCUCAUCCGUUUGAGGGUAGAAUCCCGACUAUCCUGAGGCUUCAGGACUGGAUUGAAGAGGGAUGGGAUAAGGGAAUAAAUCCCAGCGCUAGAUUGGAGACUGGGGGUAUCAAGGGGACUAGGAAGUAUAUUGGGACUUCAGAGGUACCGCCACCUGCGUUUGGUGUGAGGCGUCAACUAACAAGCCGGGAACACAGGCUCAAACAAUGUUUGUCAACCUUAAUAUCCCCUGUCGUCCCCAUAGCUUCACCAGAUCUGAAGGCCUCAAGACCCAGGAAAAACUCCUUGACUGGGUCGAAAACUACUUCUCUGAUGGCGGCAUCCUCCCCGAUGCCGCCCCAGUGAAAGUUUACCGCACCCAGAAACCCCCAAUAUACUUUCAACACAGUGGCCACUCCAUGACAAUAGUCGGGUGCGAGACCAAUAAGGACGGUUCCAAAAACCUCCUAGUCUUUGACCCCUUCUUCACACCCUCCGCGCCUAUGAAGAGCCUUGUCGGCGCGCGUUCCCUAAGCCAUAGAAUGGACCCGGAACUACUCCUUAGAGCUUACAGACGUAGGAUGAACUACUUGCAAAAGUACAAGGAGUUUGAAGUUAUAACGUUCGUGCCUCCUAUCGCGAGUCAUUAUAAUCAGAGCAGUGUGGGGGAGGAAAGCGGAGGGGGGAUGUAUUAUUAUUUUCAAUAGCUAACAAUGCGUAGCUUGGACGGUUGUGUCCUACCCACCUCCGUACCCGUCCGCCUACCUGUCUCCUAGAUUGAAGGGUGCCUUUUUUUUUCCCCUUCGAGGGUAGGGUAUACAGUAGAUAAUCUAUUUCCUUGUCUUUCUUUCCUUUUUACCUUCCUGCGAUCAGGUUUACUUUUAUUUGGGGUGUUUUGUCCUUGUCUCCGAGCUGCUGGCGAGGUAUUAUAUAUAUCAUACCCGGGAGUUAGUUUUUUUUGUCUGGUUGGCUUUCGCCUUUUCUCCCACUGCUACUACUACUGUUUCCCUUUGCUCUGUGACUAUCUGGGCGGCAGUUUGGUGUAUUCUAGAUGGACGAGGUGAGCAUAAUAAAUUACGGAUACCCUGCUA